AUGUCAUCUCUUUUGAAGAAGGAGAUGCAGAGAGUUUUAUUCCAACCAGAAAAACAAAGACUAGUGGAGUUUAUAGAGAUCGAAGAGCCGUCAGCUGGAAGACAUUUUCUGUGUGUUUCAGUUGGAAAAAACAGUGUGGUGCAAAUAUGCAUAGUGCAAUGUCAGCUCACUAAGAGGUCCCUAAAAUCUGGAUCCAAGAAGUCCCAAACCAAACGCUCCAGCAUACAGGACAGCUACAAAAGGACAGAGAUCUGGUCCCUGCAAGACUUGACUCUUGUUGACGGACGAGACCCUGAUGUGGAUGACCCCUGCUUCCUGCUUCAAUUUGACAAGGUGCGUACAGUCACGGCUGUCAGCUGCUCAGCUAAAUACGCUAUGACACGUGCCCUGGUUGCCCUCAGCGACAAGCAUUAUCAGAGGUCACUGAAUAUACGAAACUUUGACUAUGCUUACAUCAAACCCUCCACCUUCUACUCCAACAAAGGGGAUUGUGCUGUUCUAUCACAGAUAUGCUUCUAUGCCUGCAACCUGCUUUGUCUGUCCAUGUGUCACGUUCCUCUGGAUGGAUAA